GAUCUCCUCUUUAAUGAACUAAGAGACUCAAAGCGGGACAGCAGCCGGAUAUUUCCAUCCAACAACGACACACGACAGAACUCCCCAAUCAGAGAAUGACAGCUUCCACAAAUGAGGAAGACAGUGUCGUGAGCAACGACUACGCCACCGCCAUCGGCACCCUCAUCCUCACCCUGGUUUUCCUCCUUGGCGUCCCUGGUAACCUCUUCAUCGUCUGGAGCAUCCUGGCACGCACCCGUAAACGCUCCGUCACCACCAUCCUCAUCCUCAACCUGGCCUGUGCGGACGGCUUCAUCAUGGCCCUCACCAUCUUCUUCAUAAUAUACCUGGCCAAGCAGACGUGGAUCUUUGGACUCGUUAUGUGCAAAGGCGUCUUCUACUUGUGCAACGCCAACAUGUACGCCUCCAUCUUCCUGAUCACACUGAUGAGCGCACACAGAUGGUGGCGUUGUGUUUCCGCAGAAACUACACUGAUAAGCAGACAGGUUGUGACGAGGGUGAUUAUGGGCAUGUGGGUGUUGGUCAUGACGAUUUCCAUCCCCUCGCUGGUGUUUCGAGAACUGGAAAUUGAGCCAGAUCUUAGCCAGAAUGAUUCACGGAUUGUGUGUUCCCCCAAUCACACCUGGCCCACUCAUGUCCGGUUCCAGUAUUCUUUAGAGACGGUUUCAGGAUUCAUCCUCCCGUAUGCAGCCAUCAUAACCUGCUACGUCCUCACCCUGAGACGCCUGAGGCAGACCCAGUUCCAGCGAAGGAUUCGUAGCGAAAAACUCAUCCUCGCUAUUGUCAUAACAUUUGGCAUGUUUUGGUUUCCAUACCAUGUAAUCAACAUGGUACAGGUUGCAGCUGAGUGGUAUAGCAAGGAGACAAGAACUAGAAAAAUAUUGGAGUUGAUUCAUGAGAACUGCCGAGCUGUGACCUCGGCUUUGGCUUUUCUCAGCAGCUGUGCCAAUCCUAUCCUUUACACCUUUGCUGGAAAGUCCUACAUCAAGAAAAAUGGCUUAGCCUUCAUGGCUAAGCUCUUCGAUGGCACAGCGUCAUCGGACCAAACUGCAAAUAAACAGAAUCGCAUAGAAAGUGGAGGAGAAAUGAACAAUAUCUUAUUAAAUACCAACACUACAUAAUGUACCAAUGGGCUAGAUUGGCCCAUUGGCCAAUCUGGAAAUUAUAACAUAAUGGGCUAGAUUGGCCCAUUAUGUACCACAGCUUGUGGUACAUAAUGUACCGCAAGCUCAUAAUGUAUCAUGUAUAAUGGUACGUUAUGUCCCAUUGGUACAUUAUGUCCAUUAAAUGGACCAUGAAUUGUAAAAUGUGCAAAGCUACUUGUGGGAAAAACCAAGUUUCACAACAGAACUUUUACUUUUUCAAACCAUCAUAAAUGACUACAGGAUAAACUCU